UUACCCAGAGCCCCACGCGAGCUUGGUUGCGUGCUUCGAAGGAAAAAAUCGACGAUAUUUCAUAUUUGUUUUCCUCUGUAAAAUGUCUUCUAAAAAGAAAGAUUUAGACUCGAAAAAGAAGCGCAAAAGGGUUGUUGUUGAAUCAGAAAGCGAUGAUGACGACAGCGACGAAGACCUUGAAGAGGAGUUGCUUUCGCUUGCAAAGCGAGCUCGUACGCAGCAACAAGAACCAACUCCACAAGCUGCCAAACAAAACCCAGAAUCCGACAGUGACAGUGAAUCCUCCGAGGGCAGCGAUGAUGAGUGGACAAUCGAUGACAGACCCAACAAGGGCAAGGUGAAGAAGAAUGGAACGAAGAAACCACCGAAAAAGCCAGCAUCAGAAUCUGGUGAAACUGAUGAUUCGAGUUCUGAGUCAUCUGAUGAUUCUGAUUCCGGUUCGUCAUCAGUAUCUCAAGAAAAUGAGAAGUUUGAUGAUGGUUUGGAUGAGUUUUGCAUUGGAGAUCAAGCCGACCGAGAGAGGUUGGAUAAAAUGACAGAAAAAGAACGCGAAACAGAGAUUUUCAAUCGUCUUGAACGACGAGAGGCAAUGAAAACCCGUCAAGAAAUUAAACAGAAACUGAAACUCGCCAAAAAGAAAGAGAAGAAGAAAAGAGAAAAGGAAAAGGCUGUUAGUGAGAAGGAUGGAACUGGAGGAAUUGCCUUUAGUCGAAGUGGACGUAAGAAGGUGGUGGAAGAGAAGAAAGUUAAAGCUUUUAAUGAACUGAAACAAAGAAGACAUGAAAAGAAAGAAAAGGCAUUAUUAGAGCAGAAAGAACCAUGGAAAACUAAUGAGGUUUAUAGUUCUGAUGAUGAUGCGGAAGAAGAACAGGAGGAACAAACUGAACAAGUUGCAUCAUCUGAGGAAGAGAGUGAAGAUGAGGUGAUGGAAGAAACUGAAGAAAAGGUCAGCAGUGUCGAGGAUGUGGAGAAAGUUAGAUUGUCUCGGCAUAAAAUGGAAAAAUGGGUUCAUAUGCCUUACUUUGAAGAGCUUGUGAAAGGUUGUUUUGUCAGAAUUGGUAUUGGGCAGAAUGAAGGCCGAUCAAUUUAUAGGGUAGCUCAGAUUAUGGGAGUUGUGGAAACAGCCAAAGUUUACAAUUUAGGUGGCACAAGAACUAAUAAAGGUCUAAAACUCAAACAUGGACAACAGGAGAGGGUAUUCAGAUUAGAGUUUGUGUCUAACCAAGCCUUCACUGAUAGUGAAUUUGGACGUUGGUUGUCAGAGAUGCAUUCCAAUGACAUUCCUGUCCCCACAAUGGAGGAAGUUGACAAUAAACUUCUAGAAUUACAAAACAGCAAGAACUAUAGUUACCAAGACAAUGAUGUAGAUAAGAUAGUUGCAGAGAAAACAAAGUUUAGAAAAACCCCAUUCAACUAUGCUAUGAAAAAGAAUCAGCUUCUCAGAUCAAAGGAAAUAGCUGAACAGCAAGGUAAUCUGGAUGAAUCUCAGACACUUCAGUCAGAACUGGAUGAACUUGAAGAAAGAGCACAAGAGUUAGAUAAACAGAGAAGUAGAGGACUUAGUGCAAUUAGUUACAUCAACGAGAGGAACCGCAAGAAGAACAUUGUGGAAGCGGAAAAGGCCAUUGUCGCAGAGGCAAAGAUUGAAGAGAAGAAAGAUGAUCCUUUCACAAGAAGGAAGACCCUGCCCCAACUUGUUGCAAAGAUCAACAAAGGUCCAGAAUUCACACCCGAGCAAAUACGAAGAUUACAAGAAGAAGCUGCUGCUGAUAAUAUUCAAGUCAAUAUACCUGGGAUGAGUCAAACGCCAAUGGCCGGAGAUCAGAACUCCAGCAUAGACAUGGCAGACACUCCAAACAGGCGACCUUCCAUCAACACAGAAAACGAGGAUCUUUUCAAUGCGCACGACUUCGACAUUAAAAUUGAACUCGACUUUCCUUUGCCAGAUAAUCGCCCGGCAUCAGCGACCCCUAAAGCAACGAAUCACAAUAAACAAAACGCACCCAGACGCUCUUUAAACCUCGAAGACUACAAGAAACGGCGGGGUUUAAUUUAAUACACUCUCAAUAAACACCGUCUCACGUGUUGAUCUGCGAACAUUUGAUUGUUCGUACAUACUCAAUGCAUCGUACGUAAAAGAUGGAUUGACGAUGUAAGAACAUAUUUUAGUAUAAAUGCCAACACACAAAAGCGAGGCUGACGUGCACAGCAUAAGACAGACGUCCUGUGCUUCCUUUUAACCCGGGAGAUUCUUGCCACCAGAACCUAUCACAAAUUUUCCCUGAAUGUUUCGCUUUUUUCUCAGUGAUUUUUACCUUGUAAAUAAAGUCAGUUUCUGCCCUAUCCUAUCCAUGCACAUGUCAUUGUCGUGUUUAUUGUACAAAAUAAGCUGUGUCUUUGAAGGGAACGUUUGCCCACAGCGGUAUUUCAAGCGUUAUUAGGUUUUGCCUGAUUUUACUGCUUUUCAAGCAAGUCUUGUUGGUUACCGCUCUGUGUGAACGUACCCUUUGUGAACCUGAAGUAGAGGUUAUAUAGUUUAGGUCGGAUCAUAGUUAAAAACCUUGUUGAUGAAGAAACUAAUUUAGUCGUGAGAUAUUUAUUGAAUUGAUGUACUAUUAAAGUGGGGGUUGUGUAUUACAAUAAAAGGAGCUUUAGCUGUGAAUGUGAUUGCAACAGUGCAUACUUCAUGCAUAUUGUUAGGUUACGUCAUCACGGAAUAGUCGAGCGUAGUCGUACAAGCGGCGGCACCCGAAUACCAACGACUACGACUCGAAUGGUGGCGCAAGCAACCAUAGGUCAUAACACUGACAUAGGUCUGUGUGCCACAGUAAUGUUUUAGAACUUCAAUAUUCUGUAUUUUCACCCGAAAUGCACGAAUUUUGUUCGUCAUUAUCACAGCUAAAGCUCCCUGAUUAGCACAAGAGUCUUCCUAAUUGUGACGUCACUAAUUGCCACAUUUUGAGAAGACUUAUAUUGUAAUCCGGGUAAGCCUUGUUGACCGGGCUUAAUUUAUUGGCAGGUUUUUAAUAGAUAGUU